GUCGGAACGACCAUGGACAUUGCGCUGGCCGUGUGGGCCGCAGGGCUCGGCGACGUUCGCGACAUCGUCCGAGCAUCGACCGUCUCAACGCGCUGGCACCGGUCGCUGACGGCCCAAGCGCCGUUCCAAGCGCGCUUUGGCCGCGAGUUUCGUCCCGAGUACGCCCUCCUGUGCGCCGAGCAGGAGGCCAUUGCGCUCGUCCAAGACUGGCGAACUCUGUACAUCCAGCGAUCUCUGGGUUUUGCGAAUGGGUUCCGCCUUGGCAUGGACCUCCUGCCAGCGCCCGAGGACCCAAUAGAGCUCGCGCAGCGCAAGGCCGAAGCGAGCUUGCUGCGCUGGAUUUACGUGACGGAGCAGGCCGAGGUCCGUCUCUCCCGACCCAUAUUCGGCGACGUCCUCGAGGCCGCGAGCCUCGAGCGCCUUCCGCUUCAAGAAGCCUUGCAUUGGCAGCACUGCUUCUCGCAAGCCAAGCCGCUUUACGACCAACUGUUGCACCCGGCGAUUCCGGCGGCCUGCGACGUCUUGGACGACGCCGACUAUGCGUUCAAGAUUGACGAGCAGGCUGCUUGCAUCAAGAAAUUGUACAACCAAGCAGUGUGGAAUGUCAAGUACUUCAAGGUGCUCGAGAAGCCAUUCCGGGAUCUCUUGACGAGCGACGUCAAGCAGAUUGGCACGAUCGUCCCCGCGAUCAUCAAGACGCUCAAGAUGAUGUGGUCCUCGAGCAAGUACUACAAGGACAGCGCCAAGAUGGGCAGUCUUCUCGGCCGCAUCGCCCUCGCCCUCUGCGCACGCGUGAGCGCGACGGUCGAGAUCAACCACCUUCUCUGCGGCAACGACUUUGACGCGACCAUCUCGCUCGUCGAGAGCGCCGGCAUGAUGCUUGAACGCUGGCACGACGUGUACACAGAGAACGACGGUGGGUUCUGGGGCCCCUUUGACAGGACCGAGCUCUUUGGCCGCGUCGACGACGUCGCGCAGUGGUGCUCGGAGGUCCGGAGCGUGCUCAUGAUCCUCCGCCAGAUCAAGCUCGAAAUGGUGCGUCGCGCCGACGACGUCGAGACGUUCGAAGCGAUGCUGUCGACCAUGGACGCGGGUCUGUACGCGCACUGGGCCACGGUGGUCCUCUUUGAUGCAAGCAGCCGCGCCUCGUGGCUCGACGGCGUCGGCUUUCUGCGCGCGACGUCCAACGCGCUCCUUGCGUUCGCCCACAAGCUCGGGUCAUAGACACACAACAAUUCGUCGAUUCAAGCAGUCGCAUUCCAAGACCUUAGUUAGCGUCGGAAAUGAUACAAGGGGACGUAGGC